UCCCGAUAAUAAACCUAUGACGCCUCCAUCCGGGAACUACUACGAACUCGUUCUCCAACAUGGCGGCGUCAGCUAAGAAGAAGAAUAAGAAGGGGAAGACCCUCACCUUGACUGACUUCCUGGCAGAGGACAGCGGAGGCAGCAAUGCACCCCCCAGCUACCCAGCCAAGUCCACUAGCUGGGCCGAUGAGACUGAUGACCUGGACGGAGAUGUCUCGACCUCGUGGCACACGGAAGAGGAUUCGUACCGGGCACCGCCCAUUGAUCGGUCCAUCCUGCCCACAGCACCUCGCUCAGCUCGUGAACCCAAUAUUGACCGGUCCCGCCUGCCCCGCAGCCCACCUUACACGGCUUUCCUGGGCAACCUGCCCUAUGAUGUCACUGAAGACUCGAUCAAAGACUUCUUCCGCGGCUUGGCAAUCAGUGCAGUGCGUCUCCCUCGAGAGCCUAGUAACCCAGAGAGGCUCAAGGGCUUUGGCUAUGCUGAAUUUGAUGACGUGGACUCUCUCCUGAGGGCCCUGAGUCUCAAUGAGGAGAACCUGGGAAACCGAAGGAUCCGUGUCGAUAUUGCAGACCAGUCUAAUGAUAAAGAGAGAGAUAAUGGACCUAUGGGAGGCCGAGACAGGGGAGGACGGAUGUCAGACAUGGGUCCUGACAAGACAGACAGUGACUGGAGGGCUCGGCCCAGUGCAGAUAACGACGAUGGACCUCCCAAGAGAGAUGAUGCCUUUGGAGAGAGAUCACGAGAUCGCUACGAGUCGGAUCGCUACAGAGAUGGCCCACGGCGGGACAAUGACCGCUAUGAUGGGGGAAGAGACCGCUACAGGGAUCGCUAUGAUGACCGGGACCGCAGAGACUACGAUAGAGGUUUUGACUCUCGUGGUGGUGGAGGUGGUCGUCGUGCCUUUGGUAGUGGCUUCCGCCGUGACUAUGAUGACAGUCGGGGUAGCGGUGAUCGUUACGGGGAUCGGGAUCGUUACGGCGACCGUGAGGACCGGUACGAGAGACGGGAUGAAAGGCGCGAGGAGAGAGCUCCGCAGCAGAGACCCAAGUUGAACCUUAAGCCCCGUAGUGUGCCCAAGGAGGAGGAUGGUAGCAGCGGCAACGCCGGUGGUACUUCCCCAGCAGCGGCAGCUCCGAGCUCAGGAAGCAGGGCCUCCUCCAUCUUUGGUGCAGCCAAGCCGGUUGACACAGCAGCCAAGGAGAGAGAGGUGGAGGAGAGGCUGAAGAAACAGGAAGAGAGGCUGCAGAGGCAGCUGGAGGAGGACAAAGGACGGGGCCAUGACCGAAAGAUGCGGGACAGGUCAGGGGAUGACAAGGACCCAAGCUGGCGCAGCGAAGAAUCUCAUACUGAGCGAUCUCGCACAGGAAGUGAGUCUUCACAGCCAGGAAGUACUUCUGGAAGAGGCUCCCGGUGUCGAGACAGCGAGCGCUCUGGAGAGAAUGAGGUUUUCAGUGGGAGAGAAGGCGAGCCCUCCUCCCCUGGAUCCUCCCCCCAGCCCCCAUCCAGCAGCUCCACCAAGGAGCCACUGAAGGUGAUGCCUGCACCUCCUCCAAAGGAGAACGCCUGGGCCAAGAGAAGUGCGGCCAGCACAGGCUCUAGCGAUGGUGAUGGACGACCUCCGGUCUCUCCUGUCUCCCCGAGUGGUUCAGCUCCUCCCAAGCUCAGUUCUGCAGAUGAAAGAGGAUCUGAUAAAGAUGAGAACAAGGCUGAUGGUGUGCGUCGGGACCGGGGGCCCCCACGUGCACGAGGGGGGCCUGCAGGGCCUGGAGCAGGGCGGGGUCGAGGAGAGGGGCCCAACAGAGACCGAAGAAAGGAGGCAGACAGAAGGGAUAACAGAAGAGACCGAGACUCCAGACCACCCCCAGAGCCAAAGAAAUUCGAAGAAACCCCAACCCCCAAGUUCAGCUCAGCCAGUAAGUACGCCGCUUUGCUAAUGGACGGAGACCAAGGAGACGACGCAGAGGACGUAGAAUAGAGAGCAAAUAACGAGACGAGGCCCGAAAAGCGCAAGAGGAGGAGAAAGCGACGACCGCAGAAAAAAAAAAUAAUCUCACAUAGCUUAUGAAAAAAAACUCCUCACAUGGAUGAGGCUCCUGGGAGGACAUCACUCCCUCCUUCCUUUCCUCCUACAAACCUGUCCUUUACUUUCAAACCACCCAACCCAUCCUCCCUCCCCCCCGCCCCACCUUCAGGACUAUUCAGCUUCUUAAGAAUAGUCACAUACUGGACUUGUUUUAAAAUGGAAAAAAGGAGUAGCUGACACAUGGAAAAGUGAUGGAUAACAUUGAAUUAAUUGUAAUAAAUAAAUGGAAAAAGUGGGGAAAAAAUGAAUUUGUAUAUUUGUGUAUCACAGGUGUGGCGAGGUUGGAUGAUAUGACAGAAGAUGUAGUUUACUAAGUGGAACUUGUUUUUUAAUUUUUAGCAACUUUUGACUUAUUGACUUGCAGAAUUCCCAGAUUAAAUGCGUAACUAUUCAUUAGUGAAUAAUUUGGAAUUAUAGUUAUUUUAAAUCAGUCUCUUAAAUUCAUUCAUGAAAAAUUUGGUCAAGAAUGUCCUGUCUUCCGAUACUAACAGUCAUGAAUGUUGAGACUGGUUAUUCAUUUAUAAACAUUUGUCAUCACGUGUGCCACCAUUCAACAAAGGAGAGGACUGUGUAAGGAGUGACUUGUAUUUUAAAAGAAAAACAGCCGCUGCACGAUUCUCUCUCAGAGUCAAUCAAGUGCCAUUACUAUUAUCCCCAAUCAUUGUACCAAUGUUUCUCAAUCUCCACACCUUCUGACAAAAUAAUCAAAUCAAUUAAAUGGUCGUUUCCAGCCGUCUUAAAGAUUCUCCACAGCUGUCAAUCAUUCAGUUCCCCUGAAGUGAGGAAUACAAAUAUUUUGGGAAAGUCUGGAGUUGCCUAUAGCAGGAUGUGAAGCUUUCCAUGAGGUUACAUCAACAUGUCUUCCAAUUUGCAAUAAAUUGGGGUCAUUAUGUGCAUUCAAA